AUGCUCCGCAAAAAGGAGACCUUCACCGUCAUCACGCCCAUUCCGGGCUUCAUCCCACGCCAGCUCGCGCUCGACAUUCUGCACUCCCACUCCGAGGUCAUCACCCUCAACCCCCUCGUCCUCCGCCACAAAGCCAUCCCCGCGCCCCAGACAGCCACCGCCGAUGAGUACUACAGCACCUGGUACGAGAUCACGGAGCGCGUGCAGGUCCUGCCGGGGAUGGGCAGGGCCGGCAGCAAGGAGACGACGUUUCAGGGAUGUUUCCACGACAUGCCCUGGGGUCUGCAGACACACAUCUACGCCAUCCUCGGCAUUGACAUUCGCAUCCGCUACCGCGUGGGCGGCAACCAGCCUGGCUUUGAGCCCCCCGAGCAGCGCGAGCUGGGUCAAGCCGCACUGGCCAUCCCCGCCGAGGGUCUCUACCUGCGCGAGGACAUUGAGAUCAAGUGCAACAUCAGCCUCGUGUCCUUUGUCAAGUCGCAGCUCAAGGCGGCCAGCAAGGAGAUGGUCGACAGGAUCAUCCGCAAGGCCGAGCUGCUCGACGCCGGCACGCUGCAGGCCAUGAUGACCGCUGAUGGCAAGCUCAAGACGGUGAACCCCAACGAUCGGUCCAAGGGCUCUGGCGCGGAUGCCGAGGGGACUGGGCCCUUGCUUUCGCCUCGUCUGCCGUACCAACGCUCGCCCUCGGCGCCUCCUUACUCACACAUGCAGAACUCGCCGCCCCCGGAUGGGAGUUAUCCCCAGUCGCCUGGGCAGUACUAUCAGUACCAUGGGCAGUCGUCUCCCGGGCCAUCGUCUCCUCCGCCGCCGUCUCCUGGGUAUGCGCCGCCGCCACAGUUCGCGCAGCAGCACAUGGCAAUGCAUCCGGGCCAGGCGUCGCCGCAGCCCAUGGAGCUCCCUGCUGAGAUGGGCGAUGCACGCCAUCAAUGGAGCCGCUCGCCCACUCCACAGCAGCAGCAGCAGCAGCAGCAGCAGCAUGGGGGGGUCUAUCAAUCAGGAUACCAGCAGGAUCAGCAGUGGGCGGACAGACCAAAGACGGGGAAUGCGCAACAGCAGCAGCAGCCGCCGCAGCCAGCGAUGACGUUUGCUGCUGAGCUGCCCGCUGAGGACGUUAAGCGAUAA